GUGACGGCGUGAGAGAAAAUCCCUGAAAGGAACUAAAGAGGGUUUCUAGGCACAAAAUAAAAAAAGAAGCUGAAUAUGAAUGCAGAUCCUGGAGCCACAGAGCUGGAUUCCCACUGGGGGACACCUGGAAAUCCCUCUGGCGACCACCCAGUGAAGAGCUCAGACCAUCAGAACCAGGAGCAGGAAAUGGAUCCCGUGGUGGUUUGGGUUCCCAGUGGGAGGCGUCUGAUCUCUGGUCUGCUGGGUCUGAACGUGAUCCUCCUGGGAGCGGCCCUGGUGGCCGGAGAGGCUUUCAACCCCAAAGGCCUCAGGCACCAGGAGCCCCAGGUGUUCAUGCUGCUGCUGAUGGGGUUGAGUUUGUUUUGGAUGCUGUGGUACCUGCUGUGGGCCAGGAAACAACCCGACAUCUGUCCACAUCAGGACCACCACGCCGGAGGAAUCACUGUCACCUUGGUCCUCAUGCUCUUUGCUGCGUUCAGUCUGCUGCUGUUCAUCUGCAGGACCGGCUAUUUGAUCAGCAUGAGUGAGUGUAAGCCUGCUGCUAAAGUGCUCUCUCCCUUCAUUGAGGCUCCUUUUCUCGCGCUGCAGACGUAUUUACUGUGGGCUCACUCUAAAGACUGCAUUCACAGACACAAGAUAAUCACCAGGUCCGGACUGAUGUUGAUCCUCUCUGCCGACCUGCUGCUGUGGCUGAACGCAGUCACUGAGGACACCAUCCACGAAGAGAUCGAGUUGGAGAAAGAAGACAAGCUCGAUUUCAGCAACGCAAACUCAACAGAAGCUGACGUCUCAGAAAUCUCCAAUUCGACUUUCUGCCAGUGCUCUGCAAGUGCAGCCUGCCUUGCCUUCAGGAAAGGCUUCGAAAUCCUUUAUCCCUUCAACAUGGAGUACUACCUGAUGGCCGGCUGCAUGAUCUACGUGAUGUGGAAGAACGUGGGUCGCAGGAUGAGCCCGGGUCACCAGCACACCACUCAGAAGCUGACCCUUCAAAUCGUCUACCACGGCGGGAUCAUAUACGGCCUGGUGUUUGGCACCCUGGUCCUCCUAGCCGGAGUGACCGUCUUCAUUCUCUACCAGGUUUGGGUGAGCCGGCCAGAGCUCCGCUUCACCGCCUUCCUCAUAUUUUACGGCUACCACUUAGCCGUCAUGCCCGUCAUGUCUCUGUGCUCGCUGGUUGGGAUGCUGGUCUACCGGCUGGAGAGGAGGGCGAAAGAAGGGGGGCACAACCCCACUCGCAGCCUGGAUGUGAUGCUCCUGGUGGCGGCGGCUCUGGGCCAGCUCUCCCUGUCGUACUUCUCCCUCGUGGCGGCCCUCGCUGUGGGGACCGACGGGCCUCUGGGGGACCUAGACCUCUCCUACUCCCUCCUCAGCCUGCUGGAGCUCAUCCUGCAGAACAUCUUCAUCAUCGAGGGCCUCCACAGGCACCCGGAACUGUUCUCCAAGAAGAAAGAGAAGCAGCGGAGCAGCAUUUUCAAGCUUAAGAAAAAGGCUGCUGUGCCAGAACAAGAGGAGAGGAAGACAGAUAUCUCACUGCUGGAGGGGAAGAUGCCAGCCACUGUGCAAGAGCAUGAUGGGAAAAAACCCUGGACCACAAGAGCGAUAAAAGAAAUCUGUGCUUUCCUCAUCCUCUCUAAUGUCAUGCUGUGGGUCAUCCCAGCGUUCGGAGUCCAUCCCCAGUUUGAGAACGGCCUCGGGAAACAGUUCUUUGGCUUCUCCGUGUGGUUCGUCCUGGUGAACCUGGGUCAACCGCUCAGUGUUUUCUACCGGAUGCACUCUGUGGGAGCGUUAAUGGAGCUGCUCAUCUCUGCAUGAUGCACACUGACCGUUGAAGGAGAUAAAACAACAUUUAUACAUUAUUUGGUUUCUGUAUUGUGUGGACUUCUGGUGUGUGACUCAUAGUUUGGGCCCUUUGUAAAAAAGGGGCAGCGUAUUAGAAAAGCGUUCCUCCUAAGUGUGUGCCAACAGUUUGUGUUUGUUCAACAUGACAACGCCCCAGUGCACAAAGCACAAAGCAACUCUGUGAGGUAAUGGUUGAGAACUCGACAGGUUAGACAGGCCAAAAAAAAAGUGUUUUCAGGUCUUUAGGUGGUAAAUAAUUCCAAACCCGGUCACCAGCAA